AUGCAUGUUCCCAAGAAGCGUGGUGGGAGGGCUCUGCCAUUUGACACUGCAAUGGCCGUGUGUGUGGGGUAUGGAGCUCGUCUAGAUGGCCAUGGAUGCACUUUGCCUCAAACAUCUGAGCUGGUUUCUCUGGGGCCGGGUGAUGGGAUCCACUCUACUGCCGUUUGGAGCAAUAGUUGUCUUUCAGUAAUGACCGGGUUGUGCAAUCUACCAACGAUACUGCGACACUGCCCGUGCGCAAACACAGGCCCCCAGUUUGAAAAGCUGCAAAAGUUCAAGUGCAAUAUAGAUGUGACUGUCAGGCGCCGGUGGACAGGACAUGGUACCGUUUACCCGUAA